AUGGCUUCCAAUGGGAAACAUGGGUCUCCCUCUUAUGCGCCCUCUGCCCCAUCCCUGCCCGAGUCCUACAGGCAGCAGUACUCUCAGGGGAGUGGCGGCUUCUAUGGUUACGGGCAGCAGCACUCUCAGGGCAAUGGCGGCUCCUAUAGUUACGGGCAGCAGCAGGGGCCUUCUUCAUACGGGCACUCUGGUUUUCCUCCGGGAACAGACCCAGCUGUGAUUAGCAGCUUUCAGAUGGUCGACAGGGACAGGAGUGGUUUUAUUGAUGAUAAUGAGCUGCAGCAAGCUCUUUCUUCUGGGUACCAGAGAUUUAGCCUCAGGACCAUUCGCUUGCUCAUCUUUCUCUUCAAAAGCCCCAAUGAUCCUCUCCGAGUUGGCCCCAAAGAGUUUGCUGCACUCUGGACUUGUCUUGGUCAAUGGCGAGGCAUAUUUGAGAGAUAUGACAAAGAUAGGAGUGGGAAAAUUGAUUUGAUGGAACUGAGGGAUGCACUCUACAGUCUAGGCCUUGCCAUCCCACCUUCUGUUCUUCAACUUUUGAUUUCCAAGUAUGAUGAUGGAAGUGGGAGCAGGGUUGAACUCAAUUUCGAUAGUUUUGUAGAAUGCGGGAUGAUUGUGAAGGGUUUGACUGAUAAGUUCAAAGAGAGAGAUCUGCGGUAUACCGGUUCGGCAACAAUUAAUUAUGAUACAUUCAUGUCUAUGGUCAUCCCAUUUUUGGUGUCAUAUAAUUGA